AACCACGUUAUAUCCCGCUAAGUCACCUCUGCUGUUGUUUCCAGACUCAGUUGUCUGUAUUUAUAUUAAAUUGAAACCUCUGACAUCCAGUUAUUAUACCUUUGAUCCCACAUACCCCCUUCCAUUAUGAAUUCACAGGUCCUCAGUUUUGGAACCUCCGACCUACAAGCUGCUUUGCCGUUCAUACCAGGCAACACCACCAACCACAGCCAUUCCGUAGGGUCACGCACAAUAGACACAGACCCCAGCGAAGAGGAGCCGGAAGAGGAGGUUGAAAUUUUUGACGACAAGAAGAAAAAGGCAGUGCCACCGUUGAACUUUGCGCUUGUGGAGAAUGGAAUCUUCCGCUCGGGGCACCCGAUGCCGAUAAAUUUUGACUUUCUCGCGUCGUUGCGGUUGAAAACGAUCAUCUACUUGGGCGACAAGGAAGACAACACCGCGUACUACGAGUGGAUUGAGUCCCAAGGCAUCAAUUUCAAAUAUUUCCGCAUGGAAUCGGUUUCCGAGCCGUUCAAGGCCAAUAACCCCGAGGCAUUGACCAAUGCCUUGCACUUGAUCUUGGACUCCACGAACUAUCCGAUUCUCAUCCAUUCUAACAAGGGGAAGCACCGCAUCGGAGUGCUUGUGGGCCUCAUGCGCAAGUUGCUCCAAGGCUGGGCCCUCAGCGGAAUCUUUGACGAGUACGAUAGGUACGCUGCGGGGAAGGGUGAGGGUGACUUGGAGUUUAUUGAGAUCUUCCAGCCGGUGUUGGAAUACGAAGAGCGGUGCAAGCCCGGGUUCUUGCGAACAUACUGAGAUAUUAUCAUUUUCUUAGAGUAUCAAGAAUGUCUAUCUAUUUAUCACGGUUAUUACAAUGUGCUUUGUGUUAGAAUCGGGCUUGACCACCACCAAGCUGUUCGGUUAGUGCGAGUAGUGUCCUUGACGCUAGGUUAAAAUGCUGUUUGGGCACUAACCGGGUGGUUGGUUCUUUCCAUGGCAAACAAACUGGGAGAUGAAUGCCAAUAAGAGGGUUUGAUGAGUUUUAAACUGGGGUAUUUAUGCAAGUUUCGGUGUAGCAUUCCCAGGAUCUUGCUUCGAAUUAUAUAAUUCUUGUCAUUUUUGGACUUAAAUUAAAUAGCAUUAAAAAAAUCCGAAAAAUAAUUGGAUUCAG